AAAAAAAAAAAACGAAAGAUAAUGUAAGAGAAAGACGGUAGUGGUGGUGCCUUCACUCUAGCAUGGAGGUCGUUACGAGCUGUGUGAUUAAUUCUUCUUUUCCCCAUCGCCACCCAAUAGGAACUGUUUCUAAUGGGAACUGUUUUUCCCUAUCAGAAUUCAAGUUUUCAUUUUCAUUCUCACUUAAGAGGAAGAAAGUCAAUGAAUUUUCACUUCGGGUGGUUCCACGGAUAAGCAACAUUUCUUUUCUUCAAAGUUGUGGUUUCCUUCGCAAAAGGAGGAAAUGCUCAGUGAAGCAUGCUUCUUUGCUGUUUGUGCGUUUUGUUGCUGGAGUCAUGUUGGUUGUGUCUGUUUCUUUGUCUUCCAACAACACUUCUUGGGCCCUGACUGAAGAGAAUCUCCUCUUUCUAGAGGCGUGGAGAACUAUUGACCGAGCAUAUAUCGACAAGAGUUUUAAUGGGCAGAGUUGGUUUAGGUAUAGAGAAAAUGCAUUGGGCAAUGAACCCAUGAACAACCGGGAAGAGACAUAUACGGCCAUAAGAAAGAUGCUUGCCACAUUGGACGAUCCCUUCACCAGAUUUCUGGAGCCUGAGAAGUUUAGAAGUUUGAGGUCUGGAACUCAAGGCGCUCUAACUGGAGUUGGAAUAUCUAUAGGCUACCCUACCAAAGCUGACACACCACCCGGUGGACUUGUUGUCAUUUCAGCUUCUCCUGGAGGUCCUGCAUAUAGAGCUGGUGUUUUGUCUGGAGACGUUAUCCUGGCAAUUGACGAUAUGAGCACAGAAAACAUGGGGCUGUAUGAUGCAGCUGAGCGCCUACAAGGACCUGAUGGAAGCUCUGUUGCAUUGACCAUUCGUAGUGGUUUGGACACGAAGCACUUAGCUCUAAAGCGAGAGAAAGUUACGGUGAAUCCAGUGAAGUCAAGACUGUGCAAGUUACCUGCGUCAGGAGAUAAUUCCCCAACAAUUGGUUAUAUAAAAUUAACAUCUUUCAACCAAAACGCGUCUCGUGCUAUAAAAGAAGCAAUCAAAACGUUCAGGAGUGAUAAUGUAAAUGCAUUUGUUUUGGAUCUCAGAGAUAAUAGUGGCGGUCUUUUCCCAGAAGGAAUUGAGAUUGCUAAACUUUGGUUGGACAAAGGUGUGAUUGUGUAUAUUUGUGAUAGUCGUGGUGUUCGAGAUAUACUUGAUACAGAUGGAAGUAGUGCCCUAGCAACAUCUGAACCCCUGGCUGUGCUGGUAAACAAGGGAACUGCAAGUGCGAGUGAAAUAUUAGCCGGCGCAUUGAAAGAUAACAAGCGGGCCAUAUUAUAUGGAGAACCAACAUAUGGAAAAGGGAAGAUCCAAUCAGUUUUUGAACUCUCAGAUGGCUCAGGACUAGUUGUUACGGUUGCACGCUAUGAAACACCUGCACACACAGAUAUCGACAAGGUUGGUGUGAUUCCUGACCAUCCUCUACCAACAUCAUUUCCUAAGGAUGAAGAUGCAUUUUGCAAUUGCCUCCAGGAUCCUGCUUCUACUUGCCAUGUUAAUAGGGUCCAGCUAUUUUCAAAAUGAUUUUUUCGGGUUCUUGUUUAUUAAUUCUCUUAGAAAGAUUACAAUUCUUUAACGAAUCAAAAUGUUUUUGGCCUCAUUGAUCAAACAAAGCAAUUUUUCACCAUAAAUUGAAAUGUAAAUACUUUUCUUUGAUAUACAAUGCUUCAAGUUCCAGCAA